AUGCCUAAAAAGCUAGGUGAUAAUGUGGAGAAAUAUAAAGGCCUUAUUGUCCAGGCCAUGUUCACAGCCAUUGAUGAGCUCUUAUAUGAGCAAAAGUCAAGUGUGCAUACCAAGAGUCUACAAGAAGAGUGCCAACAGUGGACAUCUAGCUUUCCUCACCUCAGGAUUCUGCGUAAACAGAUAAUUACUCCAAGUGAAGGUUAUGGAUUAUAUCCUAGAUCCCCACCUGCUAUUUCAGCUUCACAUGAAGCAGCCUUGUCUCAAGAAAGAGAUUCAGCAAUAUCCCCUGGUUUGUGUGCUGUGGAAAGAGAAGAAGACUGUAUAAUCUUCUCAGAAGGAAUAGUUGAGGAAUACCUAGCUUUCGACAAUACAGAUAUGGAAGAGAGAUUUCAUGAAAAUAAAUCAGAAGCAGCUACAAAGAAACAGAAAUUAGGGUACCCUCCCAUUGCUCCAUUUUACUCCAUGAAAGAGGAAAUUCUUGCUUAUGUGUUUCGCAAAGUGUGGAGCAAAACUGUGAGCUGUUUGGAGCAAUUGACACGUAGUUACCGGGAAGGAUUUGCUUCUGAUGAUGAGAGUAAUGUUGCAGUCACCAGACCAGAUUCAGAAAGUCUCUAUGUGCUGAGUGAACCACAUACUUUGGUGUUACCUCCAGUGCCACAGUCCAAGGUGCUAUCUGUCACCUCGGAUCUGAUGAGUCUCUGUCAAGCAAGUGGUCAUCAGCCAAAUGCGAAUGGUCUCUUGAUUCAUGGGAUGCCUCUAAAGCCAAGAAAUCUCUACCCAAUUGACAAGCUCCUAGAUCUUGAUGACAAGCUACUUAUGAGGCCUGGGUCCAGUACCAUUUUUUCAACCUGAAAUUGGCCAAACCAAGCCUUGGAGCUUAGUACAUCAUGUCUGUCAUAUAAAGUGCAGUCUGCCAGGAGACGUAAUCCCCCACCACGUACCCUUCAUCCAAUCAGCACAAGCCACUCACGCACUGGAACACCAAGACCUGUGGAAGAAAUCCUCAGAGGAUCACAAGUCCCUUUGGCAGUUGACUGGCUCUCCUCUCGCUCACCAAUACCCCUGAGUCGAAAUAAUCUGCUGCCACCUAUUGGCACAAGCGAAGUGGAACACCUGAGCCCUGUGGAGCCACAAAGGCAAAUGAAACCCCAUGGUGAUUCCAGUCGAGCCCGAAGUGCAGUGGUGGAUGAGCCUAACCAUCAACAGCCUCAAGAUAGGCUCCUUUUAUCUAACUUCUUCUCCAGGCCCAAUACAACUCGGUCAUUUAUGCCAGAAACACAGUAUCAUCGUUCACAUGCACUUGAAUACCCUCAUCAAGCCCGACCCAGUAGGUGAUCUGCAGGUCCUCAUUUGCAUGCCUCUACAAAAAUCUCAAAGCAGAGGUGGCCAAUCUCUAAAACCAGGCAGGGACCAGAAGGCAAAUGA